AUGCGACGAACGGUUUCAGUAGUACGGCCAUGGCUCAACAGAUUGCUUGCAGCGUCAUUCUUUCUCGCCGUGAUCUUCCCAACCGCAAGAGCCCAAUGUCCGUCGUACCUUCAGCUUUUCCCACCCCACUCCCCCCCCUCUCUCCAGCUCUUCCGGUUUGCCCCUGACUGGGAGAGCAUUGCACCGACUGUCUACUCGGUGAACAGCUGCCAGCCUGGCACCAACCUCCACCUGCCAUCUCUCGCCCGCCAGAAGGCCUACCUGUGGCCGGCAGAGAUGGAGUGGUGGAUAGUAGCUGAAGGGGAGAGGGCAGCGGCUCCUCUCCUCCUCCUUUUGGGGACCCUGUGGGUGACUCCUCUCCUCCAACACCCGAUUCCCUGUCCCUCCCCUCCCUUUCCCACCUCAACCCCCACUCCUCUCCAGCGUUUCCGGUUUCGCACUGAAUGGGAGAGCACAGCACCGACCGUAUAUUUUGUAAACAGCUGCCAGCCUGGCACCAACCUCGACUUGCCGUCUCUCGCCCGCCAGAAGGCCUACCUGUGGCCGGCAGAGAUGGAUUGUGGCGGAAGGGAGGAUGGUGGCGGCUCACAGGGACUCUGGAGAUAUCCGCCAGUGCUCGCAGGGGAAGUUGCGGGGGAAAGCGCGAGCAUUGGCGGUGUUAAGUCCGCGGAUUUGCGCGGAAUGGGGGGAGGAGUGGCGGAGGUGUUGCGCGGGCGGUGGUGGGAGGAUCAAGCGAUGUUUGGAUACAAGCGGGAGAGAGCGCACGUGCCUCUGCACUCCCAUGCGAGCGUCGACGACGCCCUUCGUUUCUGGUACCACCGAGACAGAGCAGCCACGUUCGAGGCAGCAGAUGCUGCCACCUGGGCGCCUGGAGCUGGCGCUGACGUGGCGGCAGUACGAAGUGCCAGGUGGUGGGUCCACGGGCUGCCACGUGUCACCUCUCUGAGCGGCUCCUGGCGGUUCCGGCUGUUCCCAAGGCCUGAGGAAGUUCCCGAAGGUUUUUUUGCGCCUGGAUUUGAUGUCUCUGAUUGGUCAACGCACCCAGUCCCAUCCCACUGGCAGCUGCAGCUUCAGCAACAGAAGCAGAAAAAACAGCAGCAGCAGCAAGCAGCAGAAACGGGAAGAGACGAGGCAACGUAUGCUGCAGCUGCAGUUAACGAUUCAACAGUAUCGUCACCACCCACACCUUCUGCAACACCAUCAGCAUCAGCAGCACCAGCAGCGGUGGCAGCAGCAGCACCAGCAGCGGUGGCAGCAGCAGCACCAGCAGCAGCAGCGUGGGCGUGGGAGGAGGUGGAGGAUCCACCUAUCUACACCAACAUCCAGUACCCCUUCCCCAUCCAGCCGCCCUUCGUUCCCAUUGACAACCCCACUGCCUGCUACCGCCGCCGCUUCUCACUCCCUGCCUCCUGGUCAGGCCAGCAUAUCACGCUGUGCUUCGAGGGAGUUGAUUCGGCCAUCCACGUGUGGCUGAACGGUCACUACGUGGGGUACAGCCAGGACAGCCGCCUCCCUGCCGAGUUUAAUGUCACACCCUAUUGUAUCACACGUGGGAAGGAAAAAGGAGGAAUCUCCACUUCUGAGGGGAAGACUCUUGAAGCUGAGGGGGAAGUGCGGGUGGGAGGAGGGGAUGUGGAGAGAGCGGGGGAUGGAGAGGAAAGGGAUGGGGAUGGGGAAGGAGAGGGGGAAGGGGAGGGGGAGAAUGUGUUGGCAGUGAUGGUGGUGCGGUGGAGCGAUGGGUCGUAUCUGGAGGACCAGGACCACUGGUGGCUGUCUGGCAUGCACCGCGACGUCACUCUGCUCUGCCGCCCGCAGGUGCAUAUAGCGGAUUUGGAGGUGAAGACUGAAGUGGCUGACGACAUGCAGUCUGCAACGGUCAAGCUAGAGGUUCUGCUGGAGGGCUGGCCCCGCUGCGACAUCCAGUCCCUGCUCGACAGCUGUCACGUCGAGGCCUACCUCUUCGACGCGUGGCGCUCCCCCCCACCGCCGCCAUCUCAGCACCCCUUCUCCCCCUCCUCCUCCUCCUCCCCCUCCCCCGAUCCCUCCUCCUUUCCCUCCUCCUCCCUCUCCUCAGUCCCCAUGUCCCCCACCUCCUGUCCCCCUAAAGACCCUGAAUUAGACGAUUUAGAAGCGCUGAGGCUCCCUGAAGCGGCGGUUUUCCAGGCUGUGGGGUUGGGAGUGGGCGAUAAGAGAGGAGAAGGGGGAAGUGGGGGAGGGGAAGGCGUGGGAGUGGGAGGAGGAGGGGGAGAGGGGAGUGGAGGAUGGAAGGAUGAUAAGGUGGUGGUGAUUGGGAACACGAUGCGAGUGCGGAUGGAGGCGCAGGUGGAUAAGGACAAACUUGUGCUGUGGUCUCCUGAUCAGCCACACCUGUACACGCUGGUGGUGACGCUGGCAGAUGCGUCGGGGCGGCCACAGCAGGUGGAGGCAGCUAGGGUGGGGGUGAGGCGGGUGGAGGUGCGGGGGAGAGAGCUGCUGGUGAAUGGGAAGGCAGUUGAGGUGAAAGGGGUGAACCGGCACGAGCACCAUCCACAGACCGGGAAGGUCAACAUCGAAGAGUGCAUGGUCAAAGUAAGUCAACGCUGGUCAAGGGCUGGUAACGCAGGUGGUGAGUCAACGCUAGUCAAUGCUGGUCAAGGUGUGAAUGGGAGGGCUGUGGAGGUGAAAGGGGUGAACCGGCACGAGCACCACCCGCAGACUGGGAAGGUCAACAUCGAAGAGUGCAUGGUCAAAGUAAGUCAACGCUGGUCAAGGGCUGGUAACGCAGGUGGUGAGUCAACGCUAGUCAAUGCUGGUCAAGGUGUGAAUGGGAGGGCUGUGGAGGUGAAAGGGGUGAACCGGCACGAGCACCAUCCACAGACUGGGAAGGUCAACAUCGAAGAAUGCAUGGUCAAGGAUGUGGUGGAGAUGAAACGGCACAACGUGAACGCAGUGCGCUGCAGCCACUACCCCAACCACUCGUGGUGGUACGGUGGAUGUGGUGGAGAUGAAACGGCACAACGUGAACGCAGUGCGCUGCAGCCACUACCCCAACCACUCGUGGUGGAUGUGGUGGAGAUGAAGCGGCACAACGUGAACGCAGUGCGCUGCAGCCACUACCCCAACCACUCCCGCUGGUACGAGCUAACAGAUCUCUUUGGCCUCCUAGUAAUCGACGAGGCCAACAUCGAGACGCACGGGUUCGACCCAGACAACCACCUCAACAGGAAGGGGCGGCAGCCGGCCGAGGACCCCGAGUGGGCGGCAGCAAUGGGCGCGCGGGUGAUGCGCAUGUGCGAGCGCGACAAAAACCAUGCGAGCGUGGUGGUGUGGUCGCUGGGGAACGAGGCGGGCUAUGGGGCGACCCACGAUGCCAUGGCAGCAUGGUUGCGUCACAGGGACCCGUCUCGCCCCAUACACUACGAGGGGGGCGGCUCUCGCACCACUGCCACUGACAUCGUGUGUCCCAUGUACAUGCGCGUGCCUGACAUCAAGGCUAUUGUAGCCGAUCCCAACGAGACCCGCCCCCUCAUCCUCUGCGAGUACGCCCACGCCAUGGGCAACAGCAGUGGCAACCUGGAUGUGUAUUGGGACGCCAUCGAGUCGACCCACGGGCUGCAGGGAGGCUUCAUCUGGGACUGGGUGGAUCAGGGCCAUUGGAAGGACAUGGCUCCAGGAAUCAGCACGCAGGUCGACAAGAUUACCAGCAGCGGUACCAGCUGUGGCAUCAGUGGACUCCCCACCCUGCCAUGCGCGAGCUGGCCCACGUGUAUUCAACAGAGGGUUUCAACCAGCCCUCCUCCGCCUUCUCCUUCUCCUUCUCUCUUGAGACGUCUCAAAAGUCCUCUCACGUAUCCCCCUUCUACUCCCUUUCCCUUCUUCCGCCUUCCCCACCCGCCCUUCCACCAGGUAUUCAACAAGAGCUUCUACCAGCCCUCCUCCGCCUUCUCCUUCUCCUUCUCUCUCUUCUCCCUCCCUCCCCCCCCGCAAUCCACCACCGCCCUCCCACCCUCUCCUCCCACUCCCAUCCUCUCCUGCCCACUCGCCAUUCCUACCAUCCUGCCACGUCAGAGCCAUGUCAUCCCCAGCCCCAUCCCUGCUGACCUGGACUGGGCGGCGCAUGAUGUCAGCGCUGACUCAGAGCUCUUUGCACUGUUCACUGCUACAGUGAACGAGAGAACAAGGUGGUGCGCUCCCGGGCAGGUUGUUGCAUCUGUUCAGCUGCCCUUCAAGCUGCCCGAAGGAGCUGUUUCCACAAAGCCUGCCAUAUCCGAACCUGGGGUGUCCGAGCCUGCUAUACCCAUCCGCCAAUCAUCUGUUCUUGUCACAUCCACUGAUGGCUCGUUCGCAAUCACUGUUCACGUCAAGACCGGUGGCGCACUUUCCUGGAAGAUGUGCUGCUCCCCCCCGUUCCAUUCCUUGCCCUGCCUCGCCCUGUGGCGGGCACCCACGGACAGCGACAAGGGAGGCGGCGCCGCCAGCUACGCUGCCCGAUGGAAGGCUACCAGGCUCAGCACCCUCGCUACUGCCCCGGGCUGUUUCCCACCCACUGUUCACACCUGCACUCUUAUCCUUCCAUUUUUUUCCUCAGGUCAACGGUUCAGACGUGCUGCUUCCCCCGUCCCUCGCUGCCCCCUGCCUCGCCCUGUGGCGGGCACCCACGGACAACGACAAGGGAGGCGGCGCCGCCAGCUACGCUGCCUGAUGGAAGGCUGCCGGGCUCAGCACCCCUGCUGCUGCCCAGAGCUGCUCCCUUUGGCCUCUGCCCCUGAAAUCCACUCACUCUUUCCCACUUCCUCCCGCUCCCUCCCCUCCUGUGCGGAAAACACACACCCUCAGAUCAACGGUUCAGAUGUGCUUCUGCCCCCGUCCCUCGCUGCCCCCUGCCUCGCCCUGUGGCGGGCACCCACGGACAACGACAAGGGAGGCGGCGCCGCCAGCUACGCUGCCCGAUGGAAGGCUGCCAGGCUCAGCAGCCUCACUGCUGCUGACGCUGGGGGGGUGAUUUCCCUAGGGGGAGAUGCUACAAUGGUUUCUGUAGAAGGAGGGAAAGGAGUUGGAGAGGAGGGAGAGAAGGAGGGAGUGGAGAAGGACGAAGAGGGGAGUGGUGAAGAGGGAAAGGGCACGGAGGGGCAGGAGGGAGAGGGUGAUGAUGAGCCCUUGAAAGUUUCGAUUGGAAAGGAUGGGACGGUUUCCGUGGUUGUAGAGGCAACUUUUCGACCCCGGGCAGAUGAAAUUUCUGAGGAGGGAGUUGUGGAGGCGGGUGCUGCCCCAACCAAUCUGGUCGAGGCUUAUGGAGGGGUGGAAGUUGAAGCAUCAGCGAGCGGCGGGCAGGCAAAGAAACUUUCUGACGUGGACUGCUGGGUCCGGCUCAAGUCAGAAUGGCAGAUCCAUGGCAGCGGGCAGGUUGUUGUGGAAUUUUGGGUGGACCCAAGCCCUGCCCUGCCGCCCCUACCGCGCGUCGGAAUGCGGUUCCGGGCAGCAAAAAAACUCUCCAACGUGGUCUGGUCCGGGCGGGGCCCGCAUGAAUGUUAUCCUGACCGGAAGCAGUCUGCACACGUGGCCCUUCACUAUUUGCCGGUGAAAUCCCUGCACGUGCCGUACAUUGCUCCUGGGGAGAAUGGAGCGAGAGUCAACACUCGUUGGGUCACACUCUUUACAAGCACACAGGAGAGGGAACAACAGGGAUCAGUGGAAAACCCACAGGGAGGUGCAGAAGGCGGCGGUUCACAGCCAGAAGCAGAGGGGGGAGCACAGGUGGAAGCGCAAGGGGAGGAAAGAAAGGAGGCGGAUGGGGGGAAGGGGAGGGAGGUAUUCCAGAAGGUUCCGUUAGUAGGGCUUGUUAUGGAACCAGUGGAGAUAGGUGGAGGGGAGGGAGGUGGGGGAGGGGGUGAGGAGGGUGGGAAGGGAGGGAAGCCGGUGGUGCACUUCAGUGCGAGUGGGUAUGCUGCAGAGGAGCUGCAUCGAGCACAGCAUGAGGAGGAGCUGGUGGAAGACGCGGAGUUCAACCAUGUGCAUCUGGAUCAUGCCAUCAUGGGGGUGGGCGGCGACGACAGCUGGACCCCAUCGGUGCACAAGGAGUUUCUGCUGCCGCCCCACCCGUACGCAUUUGGAGUGGCAUUCCGGCCCCUUACUGAGUGA